GCGGAGCGAGCUUAAAAUACAGGUUCUAAAUUUAGAGUCGCGUGUAAAAACGAGCGGAGCCAUGACGCGAAAACACGCGGCGCCGCGGCCGAGAAAUAGUUGAGCAGUGAGGUUUUCGUGCUAUGGAAAAUGUGACGGUGGAACCGGGAAAAUCGGGGGACGUGCCGCCGGAGCCGAUAGCGGGGAGUGCGGGAAAACCCCGUCGGAACAACUACGGACCGGGCGGACGCUUCGGGCACCGCAGGAGCCCGACGACCGGGCACAGGCGACGCCAUCUCACGCCCGACCCCAAGAGGGGCGGCCCCAAUGGAGGGGACGAGUCUGACGUCAGCAGCGCCGAGUCGGGCAGGGACCCGCCGCCACCGGCCGCAGCCCCCGGAGCCCCGGACAAGCGGCAAAGGCGCAUCUCAUCCACCUCGGACGACGAAGCCGAGCACCUCCACCCCAAGAGCAAAGUCAAAGCCAAGAGAAGCCUCUCCGCGGUGGAGGCCAAGAAGAGAACCAAGAGACUCAUCGAAUCCGAGAGCACCACUGAUGAAGCCCCGAUCGCGGUCCCGGACAGCGGGAGCGUCCUGCGGCGGCGACACAGGAGCAAAUCCAAAGAGACCCCCGAGAUGCAACAUCCAUCGGAGAGCAGUCAAAAUACAGGCGAUGCCUGGUGGAAAAUAUGGCCGAGGGCUAAGAGUGCCGAGCCGGAGGCAAAAACCCCGAGUCGCCCCAAGAGAACGAGAAGCGCCUCCAGAGGGAAAUCGGAUCGGGAGUCGACAGAUGAUCAGCGGAAACCGCAAGCUCCCACCAGGAGUAGACAACAAAGCCGCCCUAAUUCGGAACUCUACAAGGACGAGAGCAGCGAUGACUUCUGGAAGCCCAAAGGCAGCAUGGAGAAAUUGCAUUCCAACUACACCGAGAGACAGAAAGGAAGAACGGAGCCGAAGAUGGAAGAGAAGGGGCAACAGGAAGACGAGCCUGUAUCGAGUAAAGACAGCGCUCAAAAUGGCCUUCGGGAGCAGAUCGUAGAGAAGAAAGGCGAGAAGAAAAGCAAGAUCUUGGAGACGAGGAAGUUGGGCACUGCGGCGAAACCGAGAACUGCGGAAAAAGUCGAGGUCACCGAAAAUGACGGGAGUCUCUUGAUCAAGCGCAAGUUCAAUUUGAAAUUUUGGACGAGCGACUCGCGGCGUGAGUGGAGGAAUUUUGUCGCCGAUAACGCGGUGGAGGUUAGGAAAAUUCGCGCGCUUAAAAACAAGUGCAUUUCGGAUUUAGUGCUCAUGAUACUGUUUUGUGGGGUGGGUGCGAUAGUGUUCAGGUCGAUCGAAGGCGCCUUCGAGAAUUUCUACAAGUGCGGCGUGAAGCGGGUGAAACGAGAUUUCAUAGACAAUUUGUGGCUCCGGAGUCAUAACCUACCGGAGGAGGAGUGGAAGUCCCUAGCCAGGCACAAACUCAUGGAUUUCGAGGAGCAGCUCCACACUGCCUUCGAGGCUGGACUCAGCACGUAUAGCGGUCAAAGGUCUUGGAGCUUCAUUAACGCUUUCAUUUACUGUUUGACCGUUAUAACCACGAUAGGCUACGGUCACAUAACACCAUCAACAACAACAGGGAAGAUAAUAACUAUGGUGUACGCAGUCUUCGGCAUUCCUAUGUUUCUAAUUUUACUAGCGGACUUCGGUAAGAUGUUCACAAGAUGCAUCAAGUUCCUAUGGGCAUUUGUGCGGCGACUCUACUACACAGGAAGCUGCCGUAAAGUUCGCCGAAAUGUUCCUCAGGAGGUGAUGAAAGGAGUGCAAAUAGUAUACAGUAUGACCAAGAAACGACGGUCGAGCACAGUGAAUGGGGAAAUCGGAGAGGAGGCUCAGACAACGGCCCUCCCUCAACAGUUGGCGUUCCUUCAAACACGGGCGGACAAUGAAAGUCCAGGGACGCCGGCCCUCAGCACCUAUGCCAUCGACGACGAGUUCAACUUGCCCAUUUCCGUCGCCAUCACCAUCCUCUUACUCUACAUCAUCUGCGGGGCCUCCGUUUUCUAUUAUUGGGAGGAAUGGGGCUUCCUAGAAUCUUUCUAUUUCGUAUUCAUCUCUAUGUCUACCAUCGGAUUUGGAGAUUAUGUGCCCAAGAAUCAAAUGUAUAUGAUGGCGUCAAUUGUGUACCUGGUUUUCGGAUUGGCUCUAACAUCCAUGUGCAUCAAUGUCGUUCAGGAAAAGCUUUCCGACUCAAUUCGACGAGCCAGCGCCAAAAUAGGAGCUACAAUAGGAUUCCAAGAGGACCUCACACUCAAGACGGACGAUGUAACUGACGGCGAGGCACAGAUAGUCGAGGGAAAGUUGACAGUCAAAGAUGAUGCUCUUUACACAGAAAACGAAAGCUCAAAAUUAUAAUAUAUGAUAAGCUUUG